AUGGUUCAGUACCGUUUUAUGGCCCUCGCCGCCACUGCCGCCACCGCCGUCACGGCCAAGAUCUCGGUCCAAGUGCAUCGCAACUUGGAAGUCGCCAAGCAGUCGAACGUCGUGGUCAAAUUUCACUGUGACGAGGCCCUCGCCACCCACCGCCGCCAACUCAAGGGCGGCGCGUCUCGCACCGAAACCAUCGAGUCGCUGGUUGAUUCCUUGAAGGAGCACACCACCACGUCUCAGGCGUCAGUCAAGUCGCUCCUGGCCAACCAAGUUGAAUCGACGGCUGUGGAAUUGGCCACGACAUGGAUUGAUUGUUCCAUGUACAUCGACAACGCCCCCGACGACCUCGUCCAGAAGAUCGCGGCGUUGCCGGAAGUCGAAUCUGUUUACGAGCCAGUUGAUAUGGAACUCGGUGAAACCAAAAGCGAUGACAAACCAGCCAGUGCUGUCAAUGAGGUCAUCCAAUGGGGGGUCAGGAAGAUCCAAGCGCCGGCGCUGUGGGCCAAUGGCAUCGAGGGCGACGGCAUUGUCGUGGCCAACAUCGACACCGGUGUUCACUAUACCCAUGAGUCGUUGGAGUCGAACUGGCGAAGAGAAUACGGUUGGUUCGACCCGUACAACAAGACGAACCAGCUGCCCGACGACCCGGCGGGCCACGGCACUCACGUCAUGGGCAUCAUGGUGGGAACGAAAGGUAUUGGUGUCGCCCCCAAGGCCAAGUGGAUUGCGUGCAAAGGGUGCAAGGGCACGUGCAAUCAACGCAUGGUCGUGCAAUGCGCUCAAUUCCUGCUUUGUCCCCACGACAAAGACGGCAACAACUGCGACUCAACCAAGGCCCCUCAUGUGAUCAACGGCAGCUUUGGCAAGUACCGCAGGAACUUUUGGUUGGAAGAGAUGAUUACAAAGUGGAGAGAAGUGGGAAUCAUUCCAGUGUUUGGGAACGGCAACAACGGCCGUGAAGGCUGUGGGUUUCCAAUUUAUCCUGGCAUGUCACCUCAAGUGAUUGCUGUCGGCUCCACUGACUCCAGCGAUUUUUUGGAUAUCGAUUCAAGUUUGGGACCUUCCGUGACGAAGCGUAGCAAACCCGACAUUUCUGCUCCUGGUGUCGACAUCCAUUCCGCAGUACACUCCAGUGACGAUGGUUAUUUGUUGGGCUCUGGUUCGAGCAUGGCCGCGCCUCAUGUUUCUGGAGCCAUCGCCUUGUACUUGUCUGCCAACAAAAACGCCACGUACGACCAAGUGUACAAGGACCUGACCAAGAAUGUGGACACGGACAAGUUAACUCCGCCCAACAAGACCUGCGGUGGCAUUACCAACACGCAAUAUCCCAACAACCUCUUUGGCCACGGCCGCUUGAACAUCUUCAAGGCCGUGGCCGCCAGCAUCCCCGGCCUGACUCUUCCCCCACCAUCCCCGAAGGACUCCAUGUCCGCCCAAGUCCUCAACCCGACCAAUGAGCUAACCACGUGUGGCAUCUUGGAAGACAACACGCACUACGUUGGCGGCGACUUCGCUGCGACCUAUCAGGCGACUGCUGAAUCCUGCUGCGCUGAAUGUAAAAAGGCACCGGGAUGCAAACUGUUUGUGUGGUACAGCCGCGACGGUGGCAUGUGCCGGCUCAAAAAGACCCAAGGCCCAAAGGUGGAUGUGAAGGGAGCCAAGGCUGGCGUGCUACCAGCCCCAGCCUUGGUACGACCGCCGUUGUUUUAG